AUGGAAAACUCCCUGAUCGGCAGAAGCUCCGAGGGAUUUUCUUCUCUCUUCUGCAACGAGUUCGUUUUCGUGAAGCUGAGAAGUGGAAACAACGAUGGAAGCAAAAAGGCGAUCGAAUAUGAGGAUCGCCAUAAUCCACCCAGACCUUGGUAUAGGUGGAGCUGAGAGAUUGAUUGUAGAUGCUGCUGUUGAACUUGCUUCACAUGGACAUGAUGUCCAUAUUUUUACGUCGCACCACGACAAAAAUCGGUGCUUUGAGGAGACCCUUGCUGCAGGGAAGUUCACAGUUACCGUGUAUGGCGAUUUCCUACCUCGCCACAUCUUUUACCGCUUUCAUGCAAUCUGUGCAUAUCUACGGUGUAUUUUUGUCACUCUUUGCAUGCUGUUCAUGUGGCCAUCGUUUGAUGUCAUACUAGCAGAUCAAGUCUCUGUUGUUGUUCCAAUACUUAAACUGAAAAGGUCAUCAAAGGUUGUAUUUUAUUGUCAUUUUCCGGAUCUCUUACUGGCCAAGCACACGACCACUUUGAGGAGGCUGUAUAGAAAACCCAUAGACUUUAUUGAAGAACUGACAACCGGAAUGGCAGAUUUGAUAUUGGUUAAUAGCAAAUUUACUGCAUCCACUUUUGCCAAGACAUUCAAACAUCUUAAUUCACGAGGAAUUCGACCUGCUGUUCUUUAUCCAGCGGUCAACGUAGAUCAGUUUGAUGAGCCCCAUUCUUCUAAGUUGAGUUUUCUUUCUAUCAACCGUUUUGAAAGGAAGAAAAACAUUGAAUUAGCUAUCUCAGCCUUUGCUAAGCUUGGCACACUUGAAGGAGGCACUCUUCAAGAUUACAAUGUAGCUGAUGUUUCCUUGGUCGUUGCUGGAGGCUUUGAUAAACGGCUAAGAGAGAAUGUUGAAUACUUGGAGGAGCUCAGGAAUUUAGCUGAAAGAGAAGGUGUAUCUGAACGUGUUACCUUCAUCACAUCCUGCUCAACACUUGAAAGAAACGCCCUCCUUUCGCAGUGUCUAUGUGUCCUCUACACGCCGAAGGAUGAACACUUUGGCAUUGUUCCUUUGGAAGCCAUGGCAGCUUACAAGCCUGUUAUUGCAUGCAACAGUGGGGGUCCAGUUGAGACCAUAAAACAUGGCACCACGGGAUUUCUUUGUUCGCCUAAUCCUCAAGAGUUCUCUCUGGCAAUGGCAAAACUCAUUCAGGAUCCUGCCAUGGCAGCAAGAAUGGGUAGGGAAGCCCGACAACACAUCAUCGAAUCUUUCUCUACAAAGAUAUUUGGUCAGCAACUGAAUCAAUACCUUGUCGAUGUCUCUCGACUUAAGAGAGAUUGAAACUGCAGAUCAAUUUAGUAUCGAGUCGAUUCGUCACUAGGUACUGAACAACUCAGAUAUUUUAAAUUGGUAAAGUCAGAAACACCAUUUACACAUUACCGCUUUGUUCUAUGUAUAAAUUUUGUGCACUGAUUGUUCUCAGUUGAAGAUGUGAAUUAACCUCAGUUGAGUAUGACUUGUUUAGGUUAAGAACUCAUUUGUCAAUGUGAUAAUAGUUUUUAAGAACUCAAAGCGUUGGCCGGAGUUAUACAAGUUUGAGAAUUUUGGUUGAAA